UAUCUUGACUAAAAUAAUAGCUGGCUAGUUUAAUAAACCAAACACAGACUGUUGUUUAAAAAAGUACUUACACCCAAGAACUAACGUUAACGUUAGCUAGUAAAUAGCGCAACAGGUACACCAUUUUCGGCCACAUGAUUAGCUACGUUACGUACCUUUACCAUGCCGAACAGAUGUUUCGUAAUAACUUAACAAUAUUCUAAAUGUAGCUAAUCAAUUUGAAAGUGCCACACACAUUUUUUUUGUAAUUUAUACGAUUCAAUAUUCCUCUGACAAAUUCGGCAUGCAUAUGAUCCAUUAACAAUCCAUAUUUUCAUGAAAAAGUCAACCUUUAUCAUUUGCAUGACUGCGUUGGCGUUAGCUAACGUUAUGCCGCCGUCUUCUGUUCUUCCACCUGAGGUCGGCGGUAGUUCAGCAAUUACAAACAUUUAGAUUUAACUGAAUUAAGUACUCAGAGGCGAAUCAAAUUAAUACCGAAUUUACAAUUAGGUGGUCACGUUUCAUGACACAUUUACAGCAACGUUCUAGGAAGUGUUUUUCUUUUUUACUGUAGCUUGCCGUCUUGAUAUGGCUAGAUUUGUAAUGGACUUUGGCAUGGCUCAUGCCCACAUCAAAUCUGACCUGAUUUCGAGUGUCUGAAGAGCGUGUGUACUCCUAAUCCUCCUGGAUUAACUAGUAGGCUACAUAAAACCUUACUGCAGGCGUUCAACGGAGUUAGACACUGAUAUUUAAGACGUGGUAAAAUCAGUAAUUUCCUGCUUUACAACUUUAACAAUGUUCAAGUGUAUUUUCAGACCAGCAGUGAUUCUCCAGUUAGCUAUUAUUUUAAUGCUAAUUAUGAACGUUCAGAUCGUCUCUUCCUGUGAUAUCUUCACGUUCCUGAGAAUGGGGAAUUUUACAUCCUCCACAGCUCUGUCCAGCACAUCCUGUGUACAGUAUGUUCGGGAGAUGGUGUCCCAGAACUGUGUUGUGAUAUUUUCCAAGACCACCUGUCCUUAUUGCAAAAUGGCCAAGAAUGUGUUCAAUGAAAUUGGUGCGACCUACAAAGUGAUUGAACUGGACGAGCACAAUGACGGGAGGAGACUGCAAGAGGCCUUAGCUCAGAUGACCGGCGCCAGAACGGUCCCGAGAGUCUUCAUUAAUGGAAACUGCAUCGGAGGUGGCUCUGAUACCAAACAACUCCAUCAACAGGGGAGGUUGCUGCCCCUGAUCCAACAGUGUGCUCCCUGCUGCGCGACCAGCUCCGACGGCUCGGGCAGCGGACAGUUCGAGUCCGCUAAAUGACUAACCGUUCUUGUAGUUUUUGUCAAUCCUGUAUUCAUCAAGUGUUUGCUUGAUCUCGUGCUACAAGUUGAACAUUGCUUGAGCGUGUCUAUGUUAUUUAUUUAUCAAAGUGCAUUGGAUACUUGAUGUUGGGCUACGUACAUUUCCAUCCAAGGAUGUAAAGUAUUAUUAUUAUUGUUAUUAUUAUUAAAGCUGCCACCUUUUUAAACAAAACCUGUGAAUAGUGGAACUACUGUUCAUCUGCACGGUUGUAUUAUUGAACAAUAUUACAGUCAUAAAAAGCAUGAUCUCUCUCGGAAUCAAGCAUCAUCAAACUGUGAAUGACAUAGGAUUGUGAUGUAUUGACAGUUUAAUUGUAUAUCUUCUCUGAGUGUAUCUCAGGUCAUUGUUUAUAUGAUUUAGGAUUAAAAGAACUACAGCUGUUUGUAUGAUCGGCACAUUUUAUUAUGCACAUUUAUUUAAACAUUACACAUUGUUUAGAAAUGUUUAUUUGCAUAGGAUGAUGUGAAAAAUAGAAUCAUUUUGUAUUUUCUUUUUUACUUUGUCGUCCAAGCAUUUUCUAUGUCAAUGUAUCUGAUAUCUUGGCAGAAGCUGUGUUUGUCUGAAUUUUUUUGAUAUUAGGUAAAUGGUUGGUUUUAUCAAUGUAUGAAUAGCAUAAUGAAUCAUGAUACUGGUCAGUGCCAUAAUUAUAAGAUUAAUGAGCGUAGGUAUGUUUUCUUAAUGCCUAUGCCUAGAAUGUGUUUUUAUGAUUAUUAAAUAUGAAUGAAACUCCA